CCACCCCCAGGGACAGGGAGCUCAGAGGUAGCGGGACCAUGGUUGCUCAGGGGACCCACAGCAGCUGCCCUCCCUGCUCCCAGGAAGCUGAGUGCAAAAAGGAGAUGCUGGAUGUGAAGUUCAUGGCAGACACCAAGAUUGCUGACUCCAAGCGAGCCUUCGAGCUGCAAAAGUCAGCCUUCAGUGAGGAGGUCAACGUCAAGACAGCUGAGGCCCAGCUGGCCUAUGAACUUCAAGGGGCCCGAGAGCAGCAGAAGAUCCGGCAGGAAGAGAUUGAGAUUGAGGUUGUGCAGCGCAAGAAGCAGAUUGCAGUGGAGGCACAGGAGAUACUACGCACAGACAAGGAGCUCAUUGCCACUGUGCGCCGCCCCGCGGAGGCUGAGGCUCAUCGCAUACAGCAGAUCGCUGAGGGUGAAAAGGUGAAGCAAGUCCUCUUGGCACAGGCAGAGGCUGAGAAGAUCCGCAAAAUUGGGGAGGCAGAGGCGGCAGUCAUCGAGUCGAUGGGCAAGGCAGAGGCCGAGCGGAUGAAACUGAAGGCAGAGGCCUACCAGAAAUACGGGGAUGCAGCCAAGAUGGCCUUGGUGCUAGAGGCCCUGCCCCAGGUGAGACCCACACCCCAGGCUGAGGCUAACUGGGCAAAUGUCGGGACUCCCCUGGGCCUUGUCAGAAACACAGAAACAGGCUGGCUAGAAGGAUUAUCUGAGGG